AUGUCUUUCGAGGGUAGCAGUCGAGUGGUGGAAGAUUUGCUCUUGAUGGAGGGAGAUCCUACAUCCUUCGCUACACCAAAUUAUGAUGCGUUGCUGGAGGAAAUUACAUUAAAAAUGGAAGAAAUGGAUCGGAGAAGAAAGGAUAGCGCAAUCUCACUACCAGAGCAGACAACAGAAACAAUAGGUAGACUGCAAUAUUCGGAAAAGGAGUUAUUGAGUUGCCUCAAAAGUGUCAUGCAAUGCUUUUUGGAGUCAGACUACUUCACAAGCAUGACGCUGCUUCAAUCCAUUUGUGAUCUAAGUUUUAAAUCAACUUGCUCUAAAAUAUUUAGAGAAGAACGAUACCAUGUUCCUUCUACUAUCAAUGUCUUGAAAACUUCAAAUGAUAUUGAGUUAGAUUUUAUGCCACAAGCUAAGGAAGGAAUUUCAUCAUUCACUUGUGGCAUAAUUUCCACCUGA